CUCUCCACCCGUGCCCGACCGAGACCGUUUUGCCGUUGCAGGCGACUCAUCCCAUUCCAGCCGCCGCCGCCCGCCGCCCUCCCGCCGCCUAACAAUGGCCGAGACGGUGGACUUCGCGAGCAGCGACGCGGCGGCCUGGCGUGCUGCGUUGGACGCGUACGACAGCCGGCUCGCGUCCCUGGACAAGCCAGACCUCCUAGAGGCGGACUCCUUUUACCGCCACGACCUCCCCCUUCUGCUGCACCGCCGCGACCCGGACCCCUUCCUCGCCAAGCCCGAGCUGGUGCAGCUCCUCCAGUGGAAGCUCUCGCGGGGCAAGUGGAGGCCGAGGCUGAUGGAUUUCGUCAAAAGCUUGGAUGAUUCGGUUGUAGAAUCAGCAUCCCGCAAGGCAUUUGCAGCGCUGCCCGACCUCAGCAAGGCCAUCACAGAGCUCACUGUGCUCAAGGGCGUCGGCCCGGCCACUGCAUCCGCGGUGCUCGCUGCCUAUGCGCCUGAUGUUGCGCCGUUCAUGUCAGACGAAGCGAUGGUGGCGGCCUUGGGCAAUACAAAGGAGUACACUCUGAAGCAGUACCUUGCACUCGCAGAGAAGUUACAGACUAAGGCAGAGGAGUUGAGCGUGGGAGAAGAAAGUUUCACUCCUUCAGAUGUUGAGAGAGCGUUGUGGAGCUCGACAGUCGCCUCCAAGUCACGGAAGGUACCAGCAAGUGGCAAGAGAAAACGAUGAAUUUGUGCCAAACUGUUGUACUAGAGCUAGAAACCUAGAUGAUUUGCUGGUGGUAGGCCUUUGAUCGAUCGUGUAGAUUGUAUGUCAUGUGCUUGAUGCCUUUGGAUCAGCCAAAAAGAAUGUGAAUGGUGCGCCUCCUGAGCUUAAACAGCUGAUGCACUUUGUAAUUUUCAGUGGAUGACCUGGUGUAUUCUUCUGUCCUAACAGGUAGUAGCAGCCUAUAAAAUUCUUAACAAAUCUGUAGAACUUUAUGCAGAUUAUUUAAGCCUAACUGCAGUUA